UCGGCCGAAGUCUGGCUCGUCUGUCUGGAAACCUUUUAAAGGCGACGCGUCGCUGUCUGCUGCUGCAGGAGAGAUCAGAUGGGAAGAACAUUUCCAAAAAAAUGGUCCUGAAACUUCAGGGCCUGGACAAACCGUCUGCUCGGCCAGAGACUGUACCUUUGAAGGCUGCACUGUCAACUAAACACGAUGCAGUCCCUGCAGCCUGUGGAAGUGGGAAGCAGCAGCAGCAGCUCAGCCCCCAGCGACACAUCUGGCUCGGUGGUGCAGGUGUGCUUCCCCAGCGCUCAGGCGUCGGUGCUGGACAGCCUGAACCGGCAGAGAGAGGACGGCCGGCUCUGUGACCUCUCCAUCCACGUCCAGGGACAUGUGUUCAAAGCCCACCGCUGCGUUCUGGCCGCCUCCUCACCUUAUUUCCAUGACCAGGUACUACUGAAGAACAUGUCUACAGUCUCCAUCCCGGCAGUAAUGGACCCGCUGGCAUUUGAGAGCGUGCUGAGCUGCGCCUACACCGGUCAGCUGCGGAUGCUGCGCGAGGACAUCGUUAACUACCUCACGGUCGGCAGCGUUCUGCAGAUGUGGCACAUCGUGGACAAAUGCACCGAGCUGCUGAAGGAGGGCCGGUCGGGAGGAGGGAGCAGCGGAGGAGGCGGCGGCGGCGGCGUGCAGGACGGAGCCAGUGUGGGAGGAGGAGGAGGGUCAGCUAACCUCGGGUGUAGCAGUAGUAAUGGAGACGGUGGUGCAGGUGGUGGUAAUGGAGCUGGUAGUGAUGGUGGUGUUGGUGGUGGUCAAGCCCAGGUUGCAGGGUCCAACGAGCCCCAGCACGCCUCGCAACCUCCCAGCCGCCCGUCAGUGAGCGAGAGCCAGUCUCCCAGCAGCACCAACUACUUCAGCCCCAGGGACGGGAGCAGUUUUGGAGGAAGCGGUGCAGCCGCAGCUGGAGCUUCAGUGGACGGAGGCGGGGCCAGCAACACCCCCAGCUACUGCACCCCAUCGGGAGGAGAGGAAGCCUUCCUUAUAGAGGAAGAGGAGGAGGAAGUAGAGGAGGAAGAGGAGGAGGUGUUGUACCACCAGAGGAAGAGAGGACGAGGAGGAGGCAGCGGGAGGAGGAAGAAAAUGAGCUCAGUGUCAGAGCAGGAAGUUGGAGUCAGCGACAGUUUUGGCGUGUCUUCAUAUCAGGAUGGGGAUGACUCAGCGCUGCUACCGCAGAAGCGUCCCACCUACAGCCAGCCCAGCAUCAUGCCUCGUAAACAGUGGGUGGUUGUGAAAACCGAACGCAUGGAGGACGACGACCUCAUCGUAGUGUCCGGGGAGGAGGGAGGAGAAGACGAGGAUGACGAGGAUGAGAGGGAGAUGGAGCUGGCCAGAGAGCGGGAGAGAAGCGACUUCAACAUCUCAAACGUUAGGAGCCUUUCAGCCGAGCUCGGGGGCAGAGCUGAGAACGACAUGGACUCACAGGUGGACUACUGCCAGUCUUCAGAAGACUACCUCAAGUUUGAAGGCAGUUUAAUGGACCAGACUUUAGCUCAGCACCUUCACGACAGUGCGGCGGGUCAAAGCCAGAGUGCUAACCGUGCCGUUUCAGCGCUGCUGGGCCAGGUUCAGUCUGCAGCCUCAGCCCGCGCCCAGCUCUUCCCUCUGGACAUGCAGGGGAACCAGAUCCUCCUCUACAGCCAGGCCUCCGGACUCUCUCUGGACGCUGGCGCCCCUCCCCUGGGGAUGGCAGGUGGUAUGAUCGGAGGAGCUUCUUUCAAAGGUCCCGGCCUGGAGCACGGUGCGGUCCACCUGUCGGUGCAGGGCGGUUUGGGAGUGGAUGGCAUGGACAGUGGAGGGAUUGGGGGUGGAAGUGGGAGCGGUGGCAGUAACAGCAACAACGGGGGUUCAGGGAAAGUGUUCAUGUGCCACUGUGGUAAGACCUUCACCCACAAGAGCAUGAGGGACCGCCACAUUAACAUGCACCUGGACCUGAGGCCCUUCCACUGCCCCGUCUGUGCCAAGAAGUUCAAGAUGAAGCAUCACCUCACAGAGCACAUGAAGACGCACACGGGCCUCAAGCCGUACGACUGCCUCGGCUGCGGCAAGAAGUUCAUGUGGCGCGACAGCUUCAUGAGGCACCGCUCGCACUGCGAGAGGCGUAGCGGGCUGGGAGAGAGCGGCGAAGGCGGGGUUAGUGGCGAGGGGGGGAGAAGAGGAGGAAGUGGAGGUGAGGAUGGGCCGGAUUUAAUUUCCUCUCCUCACCUCCUCAUGUCUGCAGGUGAGGGGGGACAGGGCGGCCAUCUGGGAGGAGGAGGAGGGAGAGGAGGAUUGUCCGUUUCUUCUCCGCAUCUUUCCGGCUCCGUUCUGUCGCCGCAGCACCCCGGCGUCUCGGCCACAGGAAGUAGCAGCAGUAACAGUCUGAAUAACAGCGGCAAUGCUGCUCUGAGCAACAACAUGGCCGCCACAGGGCCGCUCCUAGGGGUCGUCUCUCAGAGUUCAGGUCAGGGAUCAGGGAUGUUUGGUGGUUUAGGGUUGGGUCGAAGUGUGUGUGAUGAGGACGUGUGUGAAGUCAGUGCCAAUGAUAGUAGCGUGACUUAAACCAAAACUGUGUGUCAUGUCCAACGGGCGCCUCUUUCUCAGCAAACAGUCGUGCUUCUCGUUCCUGCUGCUGUUUUUACAAUACAGGAAACUUGGAAGGAGCGCAGUGCUCUUCUGAAACACUUCUAACUGCCAACCCUCAGCAUUUCAAGCAGGAACUGCGUGCUUUGUCAAGAGUGGGGAACAAAGGCGAGGCUCCCGUUGGACACACAACCUGAAGGACCUGUAAGUGUUUAUAGAAAAAUGGGACUUUGAGAUUCCAGUCGACUGUUGUGCCGUGAAGUUUCUGAAAUAGACUUGUGGUCGUGCUGAUGCCAUCUUACAUUAUCCUCAAUUCUCGUACCGCAAAGACUUAAGGAAACUUGCCUCCGAAAAGUGGCCUCAUUAAAAAUGGACCUUUUGUCUCAGCGAGUAAGCUAUUGUUUUAAAUAUCCGAGAUGUUACUAAAGUUUAUUUUUUUGGUUUUGUGGAAGAAUGCUGUGCGCGACGAGAGGAAACCAAAAAUGAAAAGACAGUGCUUCACUAACUGUUACCUUCUGUGGCGACAUUAUAGUAUCAGUAGAGUAGAAAAAUGGCUGUUCUAAAUUGCUGUGAUUUUCUGCAGUAUUGUAUCGUAAUGUAUCACUGACGUUUGAUUUAAAUGAAGAAGGAAAAAAAACACAUAUCUGCAAGAGAAGAACUCGACAAAAGAACAAGCUGAAGUUGCAGAUGUGUGUUUUUUUUGCUUACAGCAGCAGUGGUACAUCUUUAUCCCAUGUAACUGACUAACUGCCAUAUUGUGUAGACGAUAUUACGGUGCUGCUUUGCUUGAAACACAUUCUGGAUUACAGUAAAAGGCACAAACAUGUAUCCUCAUCACAAGGGAAGCCUGAUAGAUCCCAGACAUGUGCACAGGGAGGGAGACGGUGAGCUCGGGAGCCUCAUUCAGAUUCACUUUAAUGUCUGGUUGUGGAAGGAGCGAGGUGAAAUUGCUCUUUCCCAAUAUGGUCCAGUCCCACGUAAACACUACCUUUAACUGAUAAGCUCAAAUCUACGCAGCAGCAGAAGCCACCAAGGUGCUCUCAGUUCUGCUGCUGUUACCUGCUUUCACUUUCUUGUCGUUCACAGAGUUCUCGUGCUUUGAGAAGUAUAUUAUCACUGUAAAUAUAUAGAAAUAUAUGUCGUUUACUCAUCAGACCUGGAACAAAUACUAACUUGUAAUACUGACGCGUUUGCUGCCGUCUGGUCUGCUUUGGAAAGGAGGAGAGGAAGUGUUCUGCAGGUUCCUUAAAAAAGUCGUUGCAUUUCUUCGAUAACGUUCAUUUCAAUGAAGAGUAUUAAUCGUAGGUGGCGGUCUUAUCUAAGCUAUACAGUGUAUAGUGUGUUUACAAGCAUACCUCCUCUGAAUGGUUGACCAAGUAGAUUUUAAUCUCUAACUCUCAACUUAUGGACCCAAAUGAAAAGAUGUUUUCAGUAGCUGCUGCAAACAAAUGAGUCAAAUAUUUGUUUUAUUCUUUUCACAACAUUUUGUCAUGAAGAGUUCUUCACAUUUCAUUUCCUACUUUGUUUUUGGGUUCCAGUAUUUUCUCCCUGCAAUCAUUUUAAAAGCAUUAUUGUAUCAUUCAGGUUCCCGACCUCCCAAGAGUUUGGACAUACUGAGAGAGAUGUUAUUUCUUUACUGACAAUAGAAGUACAGACUCAUUCGUAUUUAUCAGCAGUGGUUUUAGUCUGACACUUCUUCCUGUUUAGGUCCUGAUGUGAAUGUGGUAAUAGUCCAGGUACUUUGUUAUAAAGAAAGCACUAGUUUAAAAUAUAAGCUAAAGAUUGGUUUAGUUCUCUGAGAAGUUCCGAUGGACAGAUACAGUUUUGUGUGAGAGUAAAAGUUAUUAUUACUUAUUAUUGUUGAAUAAGUAACAAGGAACUAGUAAAUAUCAGACACGUCAAACAUCCUGAUAUUGUAUUUCCUUUUUUCAUUUUCUAAAUUUGGACUAAUAGUAGUUAUUGUAAAACUUCUAAAUGAUUAGUCGACAGUUUUCAGGUGGAAAUAUUAAACAUUUUGUGGUUAAAUUUGUUAAUUGACAUUUUUCUCUAUAUUGUUGUAAUUUUAACACCUUUGGAUUUUUUUCUGUUCAGAUAAAAUAAUAGUCAAAUGAUUAUUUAUAGUGAUUUUAUUACUAUGUUAUAAACAAUUAUAUAUUCUUAACAACAGUAGUAAUAAUAAUAAUAGAAACACUAGUAUGUUUUUACCACUGCUGAAUACAUAUUUGGGGAAAGGACUUGAAAUUCAUCACUGUUCACUCACAAUGAAACAAAAUCAAGUUGCUCUUAAGAUGCCUAAACUGAAACACAGGUCAGUUUGUUUACUUUGAACCUCAUAGAAAUGUAACCUCAUGUUCUCUUCUGUGUAAAACACACAGUUAGUUCUGUGCUGCAUCUAUACUGGGACUGUAGUAGAGUAAUAUAAACACUGUGUGAUGCAUUGAGGGACCAUAAUGAACCGGUACAACUACUGAUAAGAUACACAGACACUUUAUAAAUACUUUCUGCCUUUGAGUUGGUCAUCCAGUUGUCCAAUCACCUCCUCAUGUAACACAUUCAGAUAUCCUUAAACUUCACAUUUAACUUCACACCAAUCUCCACCAGGGGGAGCUGUUUACUUAUUGCCAAACAGAGGACAGAAAAUUAAUAGAAGCAGUUUAAACUGUGGGUUGUUUUUUUAAAAUCUGGACACCACUUUGUGCAUUGUUGCUUACUAAAAUACUUUUGAUUAUGUCAUUAUUUUUAACAAUGUGAUGUGUGCCUCAUUCUGAUGUUACCUAAAUGUAAGAUCUCGGCCCAUUUUAAAAGAACGACAUUGGAAUUGAACAAAUAUGGUAGAAAAUAAGGUUUCUUAUGAAAGUAAAGUGUCAUUUGUGAUUAAAAAAAAUAAUAAGUCAAGCAGCCAUUAAUUUAAUGUUUCUUUCAUCAGCUUUCAGAUGAGUGCCCCCUUGUGGCCAAGGUUGGCACUGUGAUUAAGGGGAUUAUGAUAAUGUAACGUGAUUACCAUGUGUGUUUAGGAAGAUAUGUAUCUGUGUUAUUGAUUAACAUACUUUAACCAAAACUGUGUAACGCUUCAGUGUGCCAGUGUGGCUACAGCACAGGACAGCUGGUGGUGGAAGAAAUAUGACCUCUCAAACAUUUCCAUGCCUUCAGAGACGUUUUACAUGUUGAGUCACACAGAGCAGGAACAGGAUCUGAAUGUUUUACCUUCUGUGAAGGCUGGGUUUGGAUAUUUUUGUAUGCAGGUUUGGGGCUCAGACUAAGUGAAAGGGUUGUUGGCUUUUGUAUGUGCUCAGUGAUCUGUGAGGUGUGACCUCCAGCGUUUCCUCUUUGACUUCAGUUGUGUUUGUGGGUAAUUUGUGCCUGUUUGUUUGCUGAACAGCUGCAGAUAAUGACGCUGGAUGAUUGUACGAGCAGAAUGUGGAGUGAAAUGGUGAUCAGAUGCUUUUGUUAAGUGUGGAGUUAAACACGUUUGAAGUGUGCCAACUCUGUAAAGCGUUUGUAAAGAUUAACUCACUGAGAGUGAAUGUACGUGAAGAAGAUGACGCAUUUAUUUGUGUUUUUAUUGUACAACAAACAGAACACACGAAGAGACAGAGGUGUUUUGUGUUCAGAGAAGGCUCAAUCAGAAGUGUGUGGAUUCUUAGUCUGUACUUGUGCUGAGCGAGAAAGACAGAAUAAUUAAUAAAAAGAGGAGAUGGAGGUUUCUCCUCCGUCACUAACAGCCCUGAUGUUAGAUUCUGCAGCGCUCAGGCUACAACAUCUACAGACUUCAUGUCAACUCACACAGGAAGCGAAGGCCAGCAGUUUACAUUUACAGUUACAGUUUGUGAUGUGCAAAUGUGCACUGCAAGAAUUUACAAUAUAUACAAUUCAAAUCCCUCAAAUAAUCAAUAAAACCUCAACAUGUGGUCUGUGCAGUGGAAAUCCUAAAGGAAGUGCAAAUACAAAAACUGUAUAUUAAAAAGUGUUAUUAUUUGAUCUUGUUUUACCACCUCCACAUCUCUAAAAGUUUAAAAUGUCCUAAAUCAUCAAGUGCAUCUUAUGGCAAACACAUGUUUUUUAUUUGUUUUAUGGCGUCUAAGCUCCCUGUUAUUUGACUGCCUUUUGGUGUCCUCCUAAAUAGUGAAUUUACAUGAUGGAUGUGGUGUUCAUUGGGUUCUCCAGCAGCUUCACCAACACACUGAAGAACUUAUAGUUUCCCUACAACAGACUAUUAAAACAACUCUAAACUACAACUCCAUGUUUCCUCUUGCACCACCUCUCGUCUGAGUGAGAGAAGAGCUAAACGUUCCUCCAAGAGAAAGUAAGUGGAAGGACCAGUGUGGAGAGCUCAGAGGUAUUUUAAUUAUUUUUGUACAUUCCACAAACUACCAGUUGAUUGUUGAACAGAAAAAUUGUCAAUAGACAUUUUUAUGUAAAUCCUGAGUGGUACUAAUAAUGUAAUAAACAACAGUACAUCAAUAUUCACCUCUGCCCUGUAUCAAAAUAAAGGAUUAAUAAAUGA